AGUAGACAAAGUUUUAAAUUUAAAAACAAUACAGCAGAGACGUCUUCAGAGUAUUUAGCCAAUAUCUGUUGUCACCUGGAAUCUAAAUCUCCAUCUUUGUUGUUUUUAUUCAGUGGUUCCAUUAGCAUUGUUGAGGUCGGUGGUAAGGUUACGUCAAAAAAAAAGUUAAUUAAAAUUGUUGAAUAAAUAAAAUAUUGAAUUACAAGUGAGAGCAAUUGUUGGUAUAAAAUAGGUGUCAUGUGGACUGACAGGCGUAUAGCCAGCUAUGCUAUUUGCUUGCUGGUAUUCCAAGUACGGCUGUCUAAUUCACGUACUUCUUGGAGACUAAAUGCUGAUGGAGUUGUGAAGGCUACUCAGUUCGCAUCACCCGUUGAAGAUGAUCCGAUUUUUGAAAUUCUCACUUCAACAGUAAGUUCAUCUAAUGGGCAGGGUUGGAGCAAAAGUGCCUCAACUGACAAUCAAGAAAAAUUACAAGUUUAUUGUAACGAAUUCAAUAGCUUUAUAACAAGCAAUAAUGACAGACGUUUUGUUUCCUACACCAUGGCGGAUCCACCAAACGCAACGGACACACUGACCUCUGCUGCUGGAUCAACAUCAUCCCAGGAGCAACAGAUCGUGUGUACUGCUGGUCAGCAGUGCGAGGACAUUGUAUUGGACUGUGGGAAGCCAGUUAAUUACACGUACUACGAUAAUCUUGUUGGCAUUGCUAAUCGCAAUAAACAUCCGCUGGUACCAGAACCACAUGUUGCUCUCAUGUUCAAAAAGGGCAGCACUAAAGUUGAGGAUGUUGAUAUUGAUUUACUCGAGAGACGACUCAAGAAAGCCAAGCGAGAGAAACCAAAGUCAGUUCAAUUGUACAAUCAAAUUGGUAAUUUCUGGCGUAUAAAAGGCAAUGCUGAGCGAUCAAUCGAGUGUUUUAGACGAGCACUUGCAGUUUCACCUCAUAAUGCUGAAGUUUUAUUGAAUUUAGCAAGGGUACUGAUGGUUUUACAGUAUUUAGAUGAUGCUACGUACUUAGCACGACGAUCAUUAGAACUACAACCACCUGAUCGUAAUGCAUGGGAACAGUAUCUUACACUUGGACAAAUAUUUAAGGCAUAUGGACAUUUUCAAGAAGCAGCUGUACAUUUAAGACACGCUUUGGAAUUAAAGCCAGACCUCAUAGACGCUGCAGAGGCACUCAAAGAAGUUGAAUCGCUACCAACUGCUAGUAUACAUGUGUAUACUUUGCUCAUAAUUGUUUGCUUGGUUUUAGGCGUUCUACUCGUAGUACUCAGUACUAUAGAAUGCGAUGAUAAUAUAACACUGAACAGUGAUCAGCUUCAGCGACCUGUCCAGCGUAAUUUCAACCGAACAUUAUCAAUGCGUAGUUUACGUUUAAAUGUACCACGCAAUAAACGUUGUUAAUUUUGUUGUUGAUAAUAUAUAAAUACUGUUUUUU